UACUAAUUAAUGCUGUUUGAUAAAAGCAUGCAAGGUGUGAUUUUUGUCACAAGGGUUGAAAGAGAUUUUCAUGCUAAGUGUGUGACUUGUUAGAAGGGGGUUAAGAGUCCUAGUAUACUUAGAUGAAUCCGCCGUGAAGGAUGGUAUUACUAAUUUAUUUAUCGGUAGACUUGAGAGGGCAGUCCACUGGGCCAUGCUGUGGCGGAGCCAAUAUUUCCCAUCAACGUCGUCUUCAAUCUACUGUACUGCACAAUUGUUCCAAUUGACUCUUCUUCCUCUGGUUCCUUUUCUUCCUCUUCUUCUUCCUUUUAAACCCAUCAAACUCCACUAGACACGACCGUAACUACUCUCCUAAUUCUCCUUGUCCAUCCUCCUCCUUCCAACAAUGCCUCGAGUCAAUACGGAGAGGUUGGCCAGCAACACUAGCUUAACCAUCGGCCUGGGAGAUGCCACGUCGGAGGAUGUCGAUGCUGAUCCUAAUUAUCACAUCGCCUACGGCACCGUCGAGGUUCCGGCCGUGGGGUGGAGCCUCGGCUACCGCGUCUAUGACCGGGAGGAGUCGACCAAAGGCGGCACCAACCCCAAGUCCCGCUCCUUAGGCUCCGACCGAUUCUCCUGCUCGAAGUCGAACCCGCUUCCGUCGCCGACGGCCUCCAAGAACAAGCCGCCCAUCAUCGCCCUGCCCCGCGCCAACGUCCAGGCGGCGUCAGCCUAUGACGGCCGCUCCGUCCGACGCCCCACCCAGUGCAGGUUCUUCCCCAAGGAUAAGAAGAAGAAGCGGCCGGCGGUGUCGGAUGCGGAGCCGGGAUCCCCCAAGGUGUCCUGCGUCGGCAAGAUACUGUCGGAGAAGGAGCGGUGCCGCCUCCGGCGGAAGGAGGGGAGAAAGAAGAGGGGCAGUUGGAUAAAUAUGUUCCGGUGCAUAGGCCACGGCGGCGCCGGAGAAGGAAGCGUCAUCGAGUCUAAAGUGGUGUCGGCGCAGCAGGGUUUGGAUAACUUGUCGCUGAAGGGCGGCGCAGUGUUGACAAAGACGAAGACGGGACAAGGGUCUGCGUCCGUAGACUCUUGCGACAGCGUUAAGGUGCCGGGGCUGGACGCGAUGAAGCGGUUAUCGUCGGGGCGGCGAGCGCCGUCGUGGGGUGAGGAAGCGGAGCUGAAGGCGAAGAUCCGCCGCCCGGUCGGUCCGGACGAAUAGCGGAUGAAUCGGGUUUGGAAUUUCGGGCACAGCGGGGCCCACGUGCUCCUUUCUUUCCGAAAGGACCAUGACUUUUCUCGUCGAAGAUAUUUGGAGGAAAAGGAAUGAGAUCAAUAAACUUU